AUGAAGGUUCAGAUGAUUCUUCAAGACUGCUAUGUAGAUGAUUUAAUAACUGGUGCUGAUACUAUAGAAGAAGCCAUUGAAAGCCAACGUCAAAUCCGUUCACUGUUAGCAAAGGGACAGUUUCCAAUACACAAGUGGUGUGCUAACGAUGCCAGAAUUUUGAGUGAUAUUCCAGAUAACGAACGUGAGAAGCUAGUUUAUCUCAACCAGACAUCAGCUGACCAAGUUAUUAAGACUCUUGGACUUAUAUGGAACCCUUCGAGUGACAAAUUUUUAUUCACAUUUGAUCUUAUAUCGGAUGAUAAGCCUAUAACAAAAAGGCGUUUAUUUUCCAUAGUCGCCAGAUUGUUCGACCCUUUGGGAUUUCUGUCACCCACUGUGGUGCUUGCGAAGCAGUUGAUGCAAAAGACUUGGGUGGCCAAGCUGAAAUGGGAUUGCCCAUUGGAAGGAGAGCUUCUCGAAACGUGGUCUAAGUUUUAUAGCGCUUUGCAAUAUAUUAACAAAAUAGAAAUUCCACGAUUUUUCUCCGUUCCUGGUUCCAGUACAAUUGAACUUCAUGGAUUUGCUGUCGCAUCGGCGCAUGCCUAUGGGGCAUGCUUGUAUGUUCGCAGUAUCAAUGACGAAGGAUACUGCACUUCGCGAUUACUUUGUUCAAAGUCCAAAAUCGCACCUUUGAAAGAUUUGACGAAUCCUCACAAAGAACUUUGUGCCGCGUUGCUGUUAACUCGGUUAACCCGUAAAGUGCUUCCAGCUCUACAAAUGCAUUUUUCCGUUAUUCGUCUUUGGUUGGACAGCCAAAUAGUUCUGGCUUGGUUGAAAAAGCCACCUUCACUGCUUAAAUCGUUCAAUCAGACACAUGUUAACGAAAUUGUUUCGAACAAUGACAAUUUCUCUUGGUCAUACGUACGUUCAAAGGAGAAGCCUGCUGAUGUCGUUUCGAGAGGACAACUGCCAGAGAAAUUGAAACUUAAUCAACUAUUGUGGGAAGGUCCAUCGUUUCUAAAAUUCGGAAACUACCAACCGAUGGCUCUCGAUGAUAUUCCUGAUGAUGAAUUGCCUGAUAUGAAACCGGUCUCAGUGCUGGUCAUGUCUUAG